AUAAUACUGAGGGGACGAAAUGUGUAACGGUUAAAUUUUUUCAAGCCUUGGGCUUAGCUCCCAAAAAUUACAUUGCAUAUCGUAUAAGUGCGCACGAAUAGCGAUUUAAGCAACAAAAACAACAGAAAAAGAAAAUGAUUCCAUUUACAUUCAGGUUGUUAUCAAAGGGGACAUCUACAUCUAGACAUUUAAUCAGAAUUGGACUUUCUCAAAGGUGCUUUGCUCUAGCUACACAACAAAACGCUGCAGCUGCUGCAUCAGUAGUUCAAAGAAAAGUUAUACCAAAUGAAGGUUUUUGGGAAAAAAAUGAUAGAAUGCAGAGACCACUUUCUCCUCAUAUCACUAUCUACAAAUUUGAAUUACCUGGUCUUUUGUCUGGCACUCAUCGCUUUACUGGCUUGGCAAUGUCUGGAAUUGUGUUUACUGUUGGCUCUGCCGCUUUACUACUUCCGGGGGGUGCAGAAAGUUAUAUUGACAUGAUAAGAGCUUUGAAUCUUCCGAUUUGGGUAUUAGCACCAGCGAAGUUUCUGAUAGCAUUUCCUUUAUGCUAUCAUACCGUAAAUGGAGUUCGACAUUUGAUAUGGGAUACUGGACGUGGCUUUGAGAUGAAGACUUUAUAUAAGACAGGAUACUUUGCGGUUGCCACUUCAAUAGCUUUAACAAUUGGUAUAGUGGCAUUUUGUAGUUACACAUAACAUUCUAUAAUAUUUAGAAAAAUUGUCACCUUUAAUUUUGAAUAUUGACAAUGUGAAGCUUAACUACUGAUUGAAUUUCAACGUAUUGCUUAAUGGUUGAUUGAGUUAUCAAUUGAGUUACUGUGUAUUUUUUAUUGUUUAACAGCUUUUCUGAAAAUAAGCUUAGAAUGUUUUUUCGUUAAUUUA